UUCACACCUUCUUGCCUAUGUGAGGUGGGGUGGGGUGGGGUGAGGUGGUGGUGGGUUAACUUGGGGACUUGCGGAGCCUUGAUUUCAUCACUCUUCUCGCGCUCUGUGGGAAUCUACUUGACGAUGACGUAUGUGCUGGAUUGCUAAACGUAUGAUGGAUGUCUGCGUUUGUGGUCGUGGCUGGUGCUGCCAGUCUGGGAAUAAAAAUUCAAAUAUCUUAUGAAGACUUUUCUGUUUCCUCUUCAAGGUGUGUUGGGUGUUUGUGUAGGUUUGUAGUAUGGUGGAUGGUAGGUAUCGUUGGUAUCUUAGAGAGUUGUAUACGCUACGCUGGAAUGACUGGUAGAUGUAACUGUCUAUCAUGGUAUCAAGCAGAUGGCUAAUCCAUCUCACGAGUCUAAUACAUAGUAGAUCU